AUGCCGGAACGAAAGCGGAUCCGGUGAAAACAUCGAUAUUUUAUAACAGUAGUCGAUACCUACACUAGUCGACAAAUUAGCGCUCAACUAAUAAUUGUUCAUGACUUUUGAGGUUAAGUAAGAUAGAUCAAUAAUUUUAAUAUUUUUCUAUUGUAUUAUUUUUUAAAAUCAUGAUUUGAAAUUUAUUAUUAUCAUCAAGAUCAAAUUGAAAAUAUGUCUCUCACGCGGUCUCUACGGCAAGGGUUUUGGAAGAACAUUGUUUCAGCCAGGAAGAAUGUUGCAGACCACAACCUAUCACGAAUGAUCAGCAGCACUGUCUCCAACAAGGAAGCCCAACUGGCUGAAGGAAAGUCACCAGAAACGGCAACAACAACUGAUUCACGAUCAUCGGUUCCUCUCAACAGAGCCAGAUUCGUUUAUCCGGAAUUCCUGCCUGAUCCCAAAAUAGAAUGGAGAAACUUGAUCAGAGAAAAGCUAGAAAGAAGUGACAUGAUGAAAAGGAGGCGGAAUAUUGAUAUCCCUGAAUUUUAUGUUGGCAGCGUAUUAGCUGUUACAUCGUCACACAUUCAUGCACAGAAGAAAGUAAGCCGCUUUGUGGGUAUUUGCAUUCAGAGACUGGGAUGUGGUCUCAGAUCUCGAUUCGUGCUGAGAAAUAUAAUCGACAAUCUAGGUUGCGAGAUAGAGUUCUUCAUGUACGACCCCACCAUACAGAAGAUAGACGUUUUGAAGUUGGAGAAACGUCUUGAUAAGGACCUGCAGUACUUGAGGGAUGCUCUCCCUGAAUACAGUACGUUUCCCCUGGAUAUGGAGCCUGUACCACUGCCUGAAGGAUCUCCGGUGCCUGUUAAUGAUAUCAAGGUCAAAAUGAAAGGUAAACCGUGGACGCAAAAAUGGGAAAAGAAAGGUCUGCUGGGCGUGGAGAAAUUGGAAAUAUCCGAGAAGAAUCUGAUCAGAUUGGCCAGGGCUGCCAAGCCCUGGGAAAAGCAUGACUUGAUGCUCGAAUACAGAAAAACUAUACCCGAAGAGGAACAAAAGGAAAUAUUUUCAGAAGUUUAUUCUGAGUUGCACCAGCUUGAGCUAACCCGUAAGAAAAUGAAGAGGAAGAGAAUGUUUGUUAAACCUGUCAAAAGUUCUUAGAUCAUUUUGAAUAGAUUUUCUAUAAUGUUUAGUUAGUAAAGUUAAUAAUAAAUAACUUCAAGAACUAUG